UCUCUGGUUAGGCCAACACCGGAAGAAACCAAGCCUUGGGCAGCUACCAAAAGAGGCCCUGAAGGGCAGGCUAGGAACCACAGGAGAGUGGCCAGGGAAAUGGCUGGGAAACUCCAGCUGAGAAGGAAGCGGGUUUCCGCUUCCCUCCAGGGCACUGGGUGAGGCGGUGAGGCCGAGGCUCGACGAGGUAGCGCCGCUAUGUGGCCCCGGGACGCAGAGUCGGAGCCCGAUCCAGAGUCCCCGGACCGCCCCCGAAGUGGCAGGACAGUGCCCGGGCUCCGCGCCCUGUUGCCCGCGCGCGCCUUCCUCUGCUCGCUCAAAGGCCGCCUCCUGCUGGCCGAGUCGCUUGCGAGACCCUCGAAAGGGACCAGAGGACACGGGUUUGAAGACUUAGUCCCCGCUGGCGCCGCGGCCCGGCUGCCCUUUGACCGACCCCUAGCGCCUCCCUGCGCUCGCUUAGCUCCUUCAGGCUUUGGUCUCCCGGGUCUUUCUUUCAUUACCUUCGUCUGCUAUGUGGUGUCCUCGGCAUCUGCCUUCCUCACGGUACCUCUGCUGGAGUUUCUGUUGGCUGUUUAUUUCCUCUUUGCUGAUGCCAUGCAGCUGAAUGACAAAUGGCAGGGCCUGUGCUGGCCCAUGAUGGACUUCCUGCGCUGUGUCACUGCUGCCCUCAUCUACUUCGUCAUCUCCAUCACUGCCGUCGCCAAAUACUCAGACGGGGCUUACAAAGCAGCGGGAGUUUUUGGCUUUUUUGCCACAAUUGUGUUUGCAAUUGACUUCUACCUGAUCUUCAAUGAAGUGGCCAAAUUCCUCAAGCAAGGAGACUCUACAAACGAGACUACAGCCCACAGGACAGAAGAAGAAAAUAAUUCCAACUCGGACUUGGACUCUGACUGAAGGUCUGUCUGUGCCUAGCAACUGGUGCCACUCAGGCCUCCCACCCGCACCGUCCUGAAGGGACCACGGGAGCAUGGCAGUGGAUGCCACAGAAGAGCCGACAGAGGAGCCGUCUCUCGAGGUGACACUCCUGAGCCUCACACUCAAAGUCGGCCGUGCUGGCUUCCUACUGCUGAGCUAGCACAGUAGGGCACUCUGAAUAUCCUCCCUUCUCCCGUUUCCGUCCUAAAGACCUUGAGCCUUUUAACCUCGCUACCCCACAGACGCAGCCGCAUCAAUUGGAGCCAGUCACCGCAGUUCAUGUGGCAGCCCAGGGUGGGACAGACAGAAAUCACGGCAGGCUGACCCACCCAGCCCCAGUGGGCUCUGCAUGGACUGCUCCUAUUCACUGCACUUUGUUGAGAUAACUUUCAGGAAUCUUUGUUGAAGAAGUUUCCCCUCACUGUGAAACAGGGAAAAGCCUGACUAGCCAAGUUCUCCAUUGUAGGUCUGAGACCUUUUCAGAAAAGAGCCCAGAGACCUGUUUACCAGGGCCUACAGGCAGGAAGCAAACCAGUGCAGUGGCAGUGACAAAGUCACAAGUGGCUGGGCGGGCCCAGUCAAGCCCUCUCCUCCUGGGGAGGCUACAAGACAUUUCCUCUGGGCACCUGGGCCGGCCUACUGGUAACACGGGCCUUCACUUGGCUGCUGAUAGCGUGUAUGUCAUUGAUGUUUUCUAACUUUUUUGUAAUUUUUUUAUUCAAAAGCAAUGUAACAAAUGUCAUUUUCUGUGAUCCGAGGCCCCAUAAAUGAACCAGAGUUCUGGGCCCAUGUCUUGGGCAUUUGUAACCUUCUUCCUACCUUGCAUGUGAAUCCCCUCCCUAGAAGACUGCCACAGUGGAUUAAAACAAACUGACUACC